AUGUUCUAUUCCGAAACUCUUCUUUCAAAGACCGGGCCUUUGGCCCGCGUCUGGCUCUCGGCCAACCUGGAGCGCAAGCUUUCUAAGAACCAUAUCUUACAAGCAAGUGUCAAGGACAGUGUCGAGGCUAUUGUUACGCCCAAUCAAGCACCCAUGGCUCUGCGACUCAGUGGCCAGCUUCUGCUGGGUGUUGUGAGAAUCUAUAGUCGAAAAGCGCGUUAUUUACUCGACGAUUGUAACGAGGCGCUCAUGAAAAUCAAGAUGGCCUUCCGUCUUUCUGGCAACAAUGAUAUCCCUGCCGGCCUGCAUAUGCCAUCUCGAGAUGCUCUAAUGCUCCCAGAUGUCCUCACAGAAGGGGAUAACCUCGAAAUGCCACCCUUACCAGACGCGUCGUUCCUUCUGUCACAAAUCGAUGAUGAAUCGCAUAUCGGUCGCAAGCAUCGAGCUGGAAGCCGUGAUAUAAACUUACGGGAGGAUUAUCAAGGUAGUCAAUUCUUGCAAAACAGCAUUGAAAACGAAAAUACUUUUGACGAGGAAGAACUUGCUUUGGAUCCCAUGGAUGAUAUCGACCUUGGUUUGGAUUAUGGCCUUGAUAUUGACGACAACAUGCAAUCGAAAAACGAUCAAAGUAUCGAAAUUGGAAGAGAUGCACCCGCGGCUCGACGUGCGGAAGAUGAUUUGCUGAGCGAGCUUGAUGUUCAAGUACCUGCCAAGGAAGUAGAACCCGCUGGAGACGGUGAUGUGACUCUUGACCUCGGGUUUGCGGGCGAUGCCGCCAUUCGUAUGGCAGAUGAUGACGGAGACGUUGACAUGUACGGCAUUGGUGACCAACCGGACGUCUCUGCUCUACCGGCAGCUCCUACCAUCGAUCGCGCAAGAAUUUCUGAGUCCCCUCUUUCGGACAUCGAUGAGACCGUGGUUCAAGAGGUCGAGGCCGCAUACCAACAAAAUCUGGACUCCACACUAUAUGAGCCAGAAGAGGAGACCGAACAGUCAAUCCACCGAAAUCCCGCGCAGCGUGCUAGAAAACAGAGACUGCUACAACCCGAUUCACAAACUACGAUUCCUAACUCGCAAAUCAAAGAACAGCAAGCAAACCGCGAUAAAAUCACCCGGCCUCAAUCGUUUCUACCUCGUGACCCUGAGCUCCUUGCUCUCAUGGAGAUGCAGAAGAACGGAGGCUUCGUCUCAAACAUCAUGGGUGAAGGACGAAGCAGAGGCUGGGCUCCGGAACUCAGGGGAAUGCUUUCAUUAAGUGCAGUGCAGAAGACCAGCCAGCUGAAGCGCAAGCGUGACAGUGGCGUUGCAGACAUGGGGAGCGAUGCUGAAGAAGGGCCACACAAAUCACCACGACUAGAACUGGGUGAAGAUGAGGAGGAAGUAAGAGAGAAUCUCGGCGACGCAGGUCUAGGAGGAGAGGAUACUACCGUCAUUGCAGCGGAUGCCACUGUUAUGGAGAUGCCUGGUGAUGAUGGAUUUAUGGUGAAUGUGGAAGAUGAGGAGCACAAUGCCAGUGCUGGCCUUGUUGAAUCUCCCGGACCCAAUUUCGACGAGACUACUGCACCAUUGGUACACCCUGCAGAUAGCGGGCCUGUGUCUCUGGGCACCAAACACGCAGUUCACCUUCUCCGCGACAGAUUCGGCCCCGAGGCUGCCAACAGCCCAGACAAGAGAAAGAAAGCCACCGUACUGUUCCAGGACCUGUUACCGGAAGAAACAACAAGCAAGGCAGAUGCUACCAAGAUGUUCUUUGAGGUUCUAGUUCUAGCGACGAAAGAUGCCGUCAAGGUCGAGCAACAAGAUACUCCCCUUGGUGGCCCAAUCCGGAUACGGGGAAAGAGAGGUUUAUGGGGAGAUUGGGCUGAACGGGAAGCGGGCGGGGAGAUCGAGGAGGAAUCCGCUCCCGAAGCAUCAAGGCCCGUGGCCGUCUCUGCAUAA